UUAAAAAUCUUGCUUGACGACUACAAAAGGGAUGCUGCCAACGAAGAGAGCAAACGGUUGAUAGAGAACAGAAGCAGACAGGCCUUGGAUUCAGCCCAUAACUCUUCUUGUGUUUGCUAGUUGCUACAUCGAUCAGUCCAUGAUAACAGAGGCCUUCUUCCCAUUCCAUGUUGCCCCAGCCCAUUAACCAAAUAAAUCCCAGUUUGCGUUUGCAUUCGAAUUUUUAUUAUUUCUUUUAAGAUGGAAAAAUAUAAAUAGAAAAACCCAUAAUCCAUUGUGACUUUAUGAGUGAAUGUGGAGCAAUAUCUUGAAAAACCUAUUCUGGCAAUGGGUUUCUCUGUUUCGGUCUCCCAUGGGCUCUCUUCACAACUCUCAUCUUCAUUACAUGGUCAACGCUUAUCAUCAUCAUCAUCAUCAUCAAAAUCAACCUCAUUUAUGGGUUUCCCUCUCAAUUUCUCUGCUUCUACUCUCUAUGGGAAACAGUAUUGUUCUCAGCAUAAGCUGGUUGUUUAUUCCAAGAGGGUAUCGGCUUUGGAAGAGGCCAUGAGAAUAAGGAGACAGCGUGAACUUCAGAGUACAAAAAAGUUUGGAAGAACGCCACCUCUGAGGCGUGGGAAGGUGUCGCCACCUCUUCCUGUGCCUGAUCACAUACCAAAGCCUCCUUAUUUAAGUUCAAAUAUAUUGCCUGAAAUUUCUAGCGAGCAUCAGAUUCAUGAUGCUGAAGGCAUUGCUCAAAUGAAGGCUGCAUGUGAGCUUGCUGCUCGUGUCUUAGAGCAUGCAGGGACAUUAGUUAGGCCAUCAGUGACAACAGAUCAAAUUGACAAAGCUGUGCACCAGAUGAUAAUUGAGGCGGGUGCUUAUCCUUCACCUCUUGGCUAUGGUGGGUUUCCUAAGAGCAUAUGUACUUCAGUUAAUGAGUGCAUGUGCCACGGAAUACCUGAUUCUCGCCAGCUGCAGAAUGGAGACAUAAUAAACAUUGACGUGACCGUGUAUCUGAAUGGUUAUCAUGGAGACACAUCAAAGACAUUUCUCUGUGGAGAUGUUCAUGGUGCCAUUAAGCGUCUUGUAAAGGUAACUGAGGAGUGCAUGGAGAGAGGCAUAGCUUUAUGCAAAGAUGGUGCUAGUUUCAAGAAAAUUGGAAAAAGAAUAAGUGAGCAUGCUGAAAAAUAUGGUUAUGGAGUGGUGGAGCGUUUUGUUGGGCAUGGCGUUGGGACUGUUUUUCAUUCUGAACCAAUUAUAUUGCAUCACCGCAAUGAAAGUCCUGGUGUCAUGGUUGAAGGUCAAACGUUUACCAUUGAACCAAUUCUUACACUGGGAGGCAUCGAGUGUAUCACAUGGCCUGACAACUGGACAACUUUGACUGCUGAUGGCAUCCCUGCUGCACAGUUUGAACAUACCAUUUUAAUCACUAGAACUGGCGCAGAAAUUUUGACAAAAUGUUGAGACAUGAAUCGGUUAAUUGAUUAUAUAUUUUUUUGACACAUGCUUUUUCCUUAUUAUAUGCCUAUAUAGUCAAAGGUGAAAAUUGGCUUCCUUCAUAAGGUUCCUGUAAAGUCACAUAAGGUUGGUGGAAAUGGUAUUUUAGCCCAAGGCAAUUCAGAUGCGAAGUGUCUAACAUUGUCCAUUAAAGCAACAAUUGUUGCCUGAGCAUGAUAUAUCACUGAUUUAACAUGUAUAGCUUGGUGUGAAGAAAGACUGGUACACUGUGUGGCUGCUUUUGUGUGGAAAAGAAUAUGUGCAUAUGCAAAUGCAAUGGCCCUAAUUUGCUCAGUUUGCAGAAUCCAUCCCAUGUACUCUACGUAGAGGAUGUAUCUCAAAAGAUUUUCCUUUAAAAAAUCUGCGAAGAUUGUGAAAGAUUUAUUGAGGUUUUCUAGAAUUUAUUAAAGACUUUGGUUAGUGAUAGAUUUAAUUGAUCUAUUAUAAAUAGAGAAGAAUUUGCAAAUAUAUAUGUGUGUGUGUGACUCUUACAUUGCUAUUCUUAUUUAUGAUCUAUAAUUUUUUUUUUAUAAUUAAUCCUUCACU